AUGGCUAUAUUUCAUGCAAAGGAGGAUGGGAACCGGAAGAUAUUGGUGAUCAGAUUUGUAAUGAAUUAUGUUUGGUAUCUUUUUUCCAAGAGGUGGACUACAAUGUUUGGUUCACUGCGAGCUUUUGAUGCACCGGACAGAGUGGCAGCGUUGCCACCUUCAAUUGGCAACUCAAAACAUUUGAGGUAUUUGAACCUUUCCCAUUCUGGUUUCGAGCGACUUCCUGAUUCAAUUUGUAAUCUCUUGAAUUUGCAAACAUUAAUCCUAGAACACUGUCACAAUCUUGAGAGAUUGCCCCAGAACAUGAUGUACCUGAGAAGUCUCCGACAUCUUUAUCUGUUAAAUUGCCCGUUAAUUGAGAUGCCCCCAAAAAUUGGGCAGCUAACUAACCUGAAGACAUUAAAUAAAUUUGUUGUGGGUAAGAGCACUGAUUGUAGUCCCCUAGCUGAAUUGAAAUGCUUAAACCUUCAAGGAGAACUUUGUAUCUGGCACCUUGAGAGAGUGAGAAAUCCGAUGGAUGCAAAAGAAGCCAAUUUAGUGGGAAUGCAAAAUCUUAGUCAGUUGCAACUAAAGUGGGCAUAUGGUUUUGCUGAAUGUGAAUCACAGGAAAAUGUUAAAUCUCAGCUAGUACUUGAAGCCCUUCAACCUCAUCCAAACCUAAAGAAGUUGGACAUAAGCGGGUACAUAGGUACUCAAUUCCCGCUCUGGAUGAGGGGUUCAGAUCUUCAAAAUGUAGUUAAUAUCCGGCUCUCCGGGUGCAACAACUGCUUACAACUUCCACCGCUUGGACAACUACCUUUGCUACAAAGCCUUGAAAUUUCUGGAAUGAAAGUAGUGGGGUGUAUUGAAAACGAAUAUCCUGGCGGUGGAGGAUUCCCAUCUUUGGAAGAACUCACAGUUCGCGAUUGUCCGAAAUUGGAAGGUUUGUCAAGGGAGGAGGGAAGAGAGUUGUUCCCUCGUCUUCGUAAGAUAAUUAUUGCUUAUUGUCCUAAAUUGAGCUUCCCGCAUCUUUCGGCUCCCAAAGAAUUGUCGUUGGUUGGCGAGUGCACCACGGGACUAAAUUCAAUAUCAAAUCUUAAUAGUCUCACUUCCCUCACUAUUGGUUAUGAUGGCAAGACGGUUUGUUUUCCAAAAGAGUUUCUGAGGAACCUUACUCUUCUUGAGUCACUAGUGAUUGAGUAUUAUUAUGAGCUUAAAGUGUUGCCUGGAGACCUUGCAAGCCUUGUCACAUUGAAGAUCAUAGACUGUCCAAAGCUCGAGUCUUUGCCAGAGGAAGGGCUACGAGGCCUUCAAUCGUUGCACAUUAUCAACUGCUGUGAACUGGAAAGGCGAUGUGAGAAGGGAAAGGGGGAGGAUUGGUAUAAGAUUGUGCACAUACCGAAAUCACUAUUAUUACGGUAUAUGAUUCUUCUUUUGCUCAUUCAUGUCAAGUACCUGCAUCCAAGAACUUCAGAGCUCAUUGAGUCCUCCAUGAUUCAAAGAUGGUGCUGCCAUGCUCUUUGGGUCACGAUGGCUGCUGCUAGUAUUGAAGUGGCUGUGGCAUCGGAUGCUUUGUUGGUGGGAAGGUUUUGGGUUGUUCAUGGGUAUGAGAUUAAAUUUACAAAUCUCCCCUAG